AUGGCCUCCACAGAAGAUUCGCAGAAACAUACUCCCUCGAACGGGGAUGCCCCCGAAUCACCCCAAUCGUGGACGUACCCUACACGCACCUGCCGACUCUGUCUCGAGGAGGUGCCCGCCACAGUUACUCUCUACCCUCCCGGUCUCCCUCCUGCCUUUCAACGUCCCGUUGUGGAAUACAAAAAUGAAGACGAAUACGGUCGGCUGAUCAAGCCGUGCCACUGCAGAGGAGGCAUGCGGUACAUACAUGAGUUGUGUCUGCGGCGAUCUAGGACCGAGGGCGUUCGACCCGGCUCCCUUUGGAAAUGCCAUGAGUGUGGGUACCAGUUCAACUUCAACAGGCUCACUAUCCAGAGAUACCUCGGCAGCAAAACAGCAUCGGGCGUUUUGACGGCAUUUGUCAUGCUGGUCAUCAUAUUUCUCCUCGGAUUUAUCGCAGAUCCGAUCCUUAAUCUGUACACAGAUCCCUACGAGACAAUCGUUGGCCACGAGGACGUCUGGCAAGCUGUCGAUGUCAACGACUCCCAACGAAGCCUGUCAGGAUGGGCUCAGCAUUUUAUAAAGGGGAUGGUUUCUAUGGGCGUGCUAAGCUUCCUGAGGACCAUGAUCCUUAAUCCUUUCCACUGGUGGAAUCUUCGAAAUACAGGCCUCGUCACUGGCAGAGUUUCUGGGAGAUCUGCUACCGGUCGUGACCGCGCCGUGAACAUCAGCUGGAUUGUGGUGGCCAUGGGAAUUCUGUCGGCAUCGUAUUUCUUCUAUCAGUGGGUGCAAACUAUCAUCGGCAAAUCACUCCAGCGCAUAGGAAACAACAUCGUUGACACUCAGCUUCCUGGGGAUGAUGACGAUAUCAAGCCACCGCCAGGGUUCAAGUUUGAAAGCAACUAUCCGGAUACUACCAGUUCCGGAAUCGGCGCUCAACAGAGUGACAAUGUCCCAACAGGCCAGGAGAACGAAACGACCAAAGCGAAGGAUUCGGGAAUUCUUACCGUCGGACCGGGUGUCGUGCCUGGGGCUUGGGGAUCCAGUGCGCACAGCUCCGCACUCGAUGAUGCUCAGAGUCAAGGCUGGUCAUUUCGAGGGCUCUAG